UCUCUGGGACUCCUCUCUCUCUCCUCACAAUCUGAUCUCUGGAAUGUCUCGCUUCUGCUUCUGACCUGAGACUAGCAUGGCUCACAAGUCAAAAGAAAAAGUUAGAACUUUCUGGUUUAUUGUGGAACAAAACUGAUCUGUUACAAGAAAGGAAGAGAGAAAAUGGCAUCCUUCUCAUGCUCUGGUUACAGUGUAAACUUCACUCAAUAGACCACAAUGGAUAUUACAAGAGGAAACCUAGAUGAAAUUUCGAGGCCUGCCUCUAGUUCCAGAGCUCAUCUUGGUAGCCGAGCUUCAAGCGCAUCUUUGGAGGUGUUAACACCAGAGCCAUGCUUAUCAAAGGUGGAUUAUCAAGGUGAUUUGGAUAGUGAUCAUAAACAAGACAAUUCAGGAAAGAGCAGUCCAGAAGGAAACCAGUAUGAUAGUAGAGUGAAAUAUAAAACCCAGAAAAUGAGUACAUUGCAACAAACCAUGGAGGAGGAAACUACCUGCAUUUUCCAGCAGAUGCAGAAUUCUGAGUUGUCAGAAUACAUUUCUAGCUCAGAUUCUGGAGAGGAUUGUGUUGAAACUGAGCCUCCCAAUUUAAAUAAAGCUUCUCAAGAGCAGUCAUCUAAUGUAAAAGAAGAAGUUUCUGAAGAAAAAGAUGUGGAUCCUAAGAUUGAAGAAGCUAUAAGAAAGAUGAAUAAACUGGACAAGAUAUUGGCAAAGAAACAAUCUCAAGAGAGAACAAUUAAAAAACAAGGCAGAGAAAUGAGGACAAAACUCUGGGAAGAACUUCAGUGUGUAAUCACUCUCAGUGCUUCAGGAAGUCAUGAGGAGAUAGAAAAUACAAAUACAUUUCUAGCUUUAACCUCAUCUUUGCAUGAGAGAGCUGACUGUCAAAAUGAAAUGGAAACCGGUGGCUUGUUCAAUAAAGCAGAAAAAUCACACUAUGGAAGUGACACCAGAAUUAAAAAAAAUCAGGAUUUUAUUAAAAAGAACAUUGAGUUGGCAAAGGAUUCAGGGAACCAAGUGGUUAUGCUUGAGGAAGAGAAGAAGAGGUUAAUUGAAUUAUUGAAAGAUACAGAAGAUGGAAAUGAACUUCAGGACACUGAGGAGGAUACAUCUGGUUGGCUAGUAGCUGGAGAAGGGUACACACCUGAACCAAUGGAAUUUCAUCACCUAAAUGAAAUAGCUGCUAAACUCCAAAUAAUAGUUUCUAAUGGGGAUUUCUCCAUAAUUCAUAGCUCCUGUUCUAAUGUUCCAAGCCAGAUUUAUCAGCGUUUGUCUGAUCUCAAUGUACUUGACAAUAGUUCCAGUCUGAUAUGGACCGAAAUACCAGUGCACCUCUACAGAUUAGGCUUGCUUUCAAUUCUGAGGCUUCAAAAGGAAUCUCUGGCUUAUGCAAAUAGAAACCUGGAAGCGGCCCCAGGUGAGAAGGUUCUACGAGACACUAAGGAACAACGUGAUCAACAAGUCCGGCUGAAAGAAAUAGAUCAACAGUUAAAAAACCUGCUGGGAAAUCUUCCUGAAGAGCUACCUUGUCUCUCUGAAGAACAGCUCAAGACCCUUCUGGAAGAAUGUAUGCAGUCUCAGAGAACAAUAAGCAAUGUUCCCAUGUCAAAAUCUCAGGAAUUGCUUUCUGAUGAAAAUUUUUUCUCAUGUUACACAACUCAAGAUGCUACCCUUCUCUCAAUGUCCACUCUUUCUAAUCCGUUGGGUGAAACCCAUAGUGUAAGGAUGUCAGCAGAUCAGGAGAAUGCUGGACUUGAGGACAAAAAUGAACACAAUUGUGCAGAGAAUGAAUCCCCAGGCUUCUGUCUCACCAAAGCAAUAGCUGAUAGUCAUUUAUCAAAGGAUUUGGUGGUCCAAACAGAAGAACCUAAUGACUUAGAAAGUCUACAGGAAAUUGCAGAUAUGAAUAGUGCUGAAGGUUACUUUAUGUCAAGAGCACUCAGCACAAAAAGCCUGAAAAAACCUUCUUUCUUGGAUGAACCAUUCUAUGGCAUCAGUGUGAACAAUGAGCUAUCCACAGAGGCUGACAUUCCCAGCAUACCAUUGCAAACCAAAGGAGGAAAGAUACUGUAAGUUACGCUAACAUGACUUCACAUACCUGGAAGCAGGACAUAAAGAAGACUGUCAGUAACUAAGCCUAUUCAAAUGUGGCCCUUCUCUUCACACCCAGUCUUUACUUACUUUCUCAUUCAGGGAGCAUGAAAAAGCAACCCUACAAGAUCUCCUUUUUGUUUUCCUUCUCAAGAGAAAUAAUGAAGUGACAAAUAUGAGGAUGAAAGAUUGGAGAAGAACAUAAGAUAAGUCAGGAAGCCAGUAUCUUUCUUUGCAGAGUUCAGUUACUCAUCAAAAACCAGCCUCUCCUUGGAGGACAAGCCUCCCCUUUUAUCGGAAGCUUUCUCAGUUCCCCCCCAGGGGUUUUUGCUGCCUAUUUUGAACUCUCUCUUCCUCACCCCUGCUCCUUCUUUUUGCUCUGCUGCUGUAAGAACUCUGCAUUUCCCUAGUGAUCUAAACCUGGGCUGUUCAACUUCUAAGAGUCUGGGGAUGACACACCUCAUGGGCUGCACCUGUGUCAAUUGUGUGCCCUGUGGGCUGCACCAGGGUGAGCCACAGACCCCCUAGGCUGCACGCCCUGUGAAUGCUCCCUCCCACUUCCCACCACUGCAUGCAUACCCUCUCCUCUAUCCCCUCCUAUGCCAUGUGCUUGUGUGGGUGGGUGCCUUGAUGUUGUGCUGCACCAGCAACCACCUCUCCCUCCUACCUCUCCCUGCCACUGCACCGUGUGGUACCAGCUUCACCCGUACGUGCCUGUGCUGCCACCCUGCCCUGCCUUCCUGGGGUGGAGGCAGGAAGCAGCAGCCAGCGGGAGAGAGGGAGCCUAGAGACUGGUUGCUGUUGCAGCUGGAGUGAUGGUGGGGUGAGGUGGCUGGACCGGAGCCCAGAGGCCACAACUUAGCCUCCCACAGGCUGCCACUUGGACAGCCCUGGCCUAUACCAUAGUAAAAACCGUAUCUUGUCUACUUUGUCCUUUCUCUUUGGGCUUGUCUCCUCCUGCAGACAUGGCUGUCUUAACCAGCAGCACUUUUCACACUUUCAACAACCCGACUACAUCCAGUAGCCUCUCCCAUGCUAGAAAGAAACCUUUUCCUUAUAUCAAAAAUCCUGCCCAUGCCUCUGCAUGCCUGGGACAUUUUGGGUAAUUAUAUUACAUUCUGCCAUUGAGUUAUGUUCCAGGCAUUGUCCCUCUUCAUUUAGAGACAUUUGUCUCUGACUUCCACCUGACUUAAAAAUCAGGCACUAAAAUAUAAGGUAAUUGGACAACAAACCAAAGAGGUUACUGUACCCUUUGCUCUAGCACACUAAGCUCAGGGUCCCUCAGUCCAUACUACAGAUUUUGUACAAGGAAGACCUCCUAUAUGUAGUCUAUCUAAAGAAUAUAUACCUCCAUCUUCAAAUCUCCCCCUUCUAGUAAACUUGGCCUCAUGUUUGUGAUGAACUGGUUAUACUUUUAUUUUGGGAUAGUCACAUUCCUUAGAGUCUUCACUGAAUAGUUGCUAAGCUGUUCCAGGAAAGCAUUCAAAUCCAAGUUUACUCUGGAAUUAAAGUUCUUCUGCCUUCUAUCCUAGACCAGAGACAUCACCAUCAGCUGUUCUGAGGCUUUUGGCCAUUUGGAAAAAAUUCCUGACCUGCUUGUACUGGGCAUGGUUCUGCACAUCAUAAGGGCACAGGUUACCUUUCUGGUGAAUUUUGAGAUGUUCAUGGACAAAACUCUUUCCUUCUUGUGAUAACUUAUCUUGCAAAGGAGAUGUAUACAUUUCUUGAGACGCUUGGCAUCUUUCUACUUUCUCUCCUUGUGCUUAUCCUCUUCUGUGUGCAAAUAAUUAGUUUAGGUUCUCUGCUAUGGCAUUAUCAUUCAGAAUGCACCUUUUAUACCUCGGUCAACAAAUAAUCCCAGCAGUUCUCUCACUUGCUUUCUGCUUUUGAGGUAUUUAAAAAAGUUUGUAUUAUUAACUUUAGCAUCUUUUGCUAGAUGCUUCUCAAAUUCUUUUGUUGCUUGCCUUAUUUAGCAUUUACACUUUACCUGCCAGAGUUUGUGACAUUUCUUAUUUUGCUCAUUUGGGCAUGUCUUACAUCUUUUUUUGAAAAAUGCCUUAUUGCCUUGAAUGGCCUCUUUAACUGCUAUUAAACCAUGCAGGGAUUUUAUUGGUCUAGUUGCUACCCUUUUUGAUUUGUGGUAUAUACUUUUCCUGGGCCUUUAAAGUGGUAUUUUUAAACAGAUGGAGUUAUACCAGUGUAAAACUGGCAGGUGCCUUCCUCAUGCUAGUGGUGGGUACCUUUCCUGUGUUGGCUUUGAGUGCAGGGAAAAGCAGCGGCAACAGGUACUUUUCCCAUGUUGGACCAGAGAGAAGUGUUAGCAGUGGGUGUUUUCCCCUUUCCUGGGGCAGGGACAAGCAGAAGUGAUGACUGGGUCCUAGUGCCCACCUACCCAUGGUGAACCCAACUGGGUCUUAAAAGGCCUUAACAGAUUGCCAGCCACUGCUCCAACACAGCUACUUAAAGGCAAGAUUUGAUCCAGAGCACUGAAUUAACAACUGAUCUGUAGGAUAGAAAUAACAUUAGGAUGUAUCAUGAUACAUGCUCUGCUAAGUCAUACUGUUCAUAUACAUUUGAUUCUAUGAAAAAAAAUAUUUGGGUUAGUAUAUACUGUACUGCUGAAUGUUGAACCUCUCACACACAUGUUUGUAUAUAUAUAUAUAUGUGUGUGUGUGUGUGUGUGUGUGUGUGUGUGUGUGUGUGUAUACACUAUAUAAAACCCUGUUAUACCAGAUGUUUUACAUAUGGUAAAUUUGCUUCAAAUAUAAGUAUUUUCCACUGCAAUCAUAUUAAGUAAUCCUUGAUCAAGUUUUCAGAUGAGACUGUCCUAGAAGGGUAGUGGAGUGUGGGCAUUCACCUGUUGUCCUUCUGAAACAGAAUGUCUGUGUUGGCUUUACAUGAUUUUUAUUUGUCAAGGAAUUAUUACUUGUACUGUGGAGAAUUUUUACUAAAGCUUCUAUUGUUUUUACUAGAAAUAAUGUAGCACUUGUAAGAACGACAUUGGGCUAUUCAAAGCUCAGGAGAGAAGAAAGUCCAUUGUGCCAUAUCUUAUUUAGGAAAGGAAAGUCUUACACAAGCUCUAAAAGGUUGCCUUUGCUGAGCUUCUGUAUCACAUCUGCUUUUCUUUAAAUAAUUUGAGGAAAUGUAUUACUUCAGAGAAUAGAAGAAAGCUCUUGAGCAUUGACAUUUGUUACCUGUUGAAGUGGAUAUUAUAUGGUAUCCCUCCAAAAACAACUAGAAUGAGAAACUCAAAAGCUUGUGUCUGCUAUUGACCUGUUUUUGAAUAUUUGCCAUGACACCUCCUAUUUUGUAAAAUUCAUUUGCCGGAUACGCUAGUAGUUUUAGAUCAGCUUCCUUAACAUAGGGAGAAGUUUAGGCAGCAAACAUCCAGACCUUCACAAUAAUUUCCAUUGUAGUAGUCAGUGCAGAAACGCUCUGUACUCAGAAACAAUCAGCUACAUCAAUAUCUGUUUUAUACCUUAAGAGUUAAAAUUUUGACCAUGUAUUACUAUGCAGGCAUGCGUGGAAAAUCUUAAACUUGUCUUAAGAAAAUGUAAGGCAGGCAUUUCAAUAUCAGGGGGGAAAAAAAGAAAACAAGAAUAAAGCAGCAUGUAAUUUCACACAGGCAUUUUUCCCAAAGAGUUGGCUAAAUUUUGCCUCAAGAUGCAGGCUGAUUUCUUAGAGCUCUGAUCAACGAAGAACAGAAUUUGGCCCUUUCACCUUGUUUCCUAUGGUUAAAAAAGUAAAUAGAACUUAUUAACCAUCAAGAAAUGUGGUAUCUUGCCAUAUCAUUUUGUUGAAUAAAAACACACGUUCAGCCUAGGCAGAAUGGAAGAAUCCAAACAAAAGUUACAAUUUUGGUCCUAAGUGAAAAAUAAUCCUCUGCCAGAUAACUCCAUAAGGCAUGAAAGUAGGCAAGUAACUUGAGACUGGUGGGAAGCACUCCAUAGAAUGGCUGCUAGAGACCUCUUUCUGAGACAGCUGACUUCUUAAUUGUAUCUUUAUAAUUGUGUUAAAUAGAAAGCACAUAAUGUACAACCAUAUAAUAGACUAGUCUUUAGGUGUAUUUCUCUUCAUAUCAUUAAUCUUUUUCAUACACUUUAUGCUUUUAGUAAUAAUAAAUAAUUAAAUAAGAAUACAGUGUUUACUCUUAUACCACUUCUUGCCACCAGUUCUCAAAACACUUUACAAAGGAGGUCCAUGUGCUUAUCCCCAUUUUAAGUGGGGAAACUGGAAGGUGAAUUCACUUGCUCACAGACACCAAGAAGGCUAGUAAUCAAGCAGGAACUAGAAACCAGGGAUGCAUCUACACAUGCAUUAAGGCACUUUUCCUAAUGCACAUUAAAUUUAGUACCUCCAGUGUGAGGUACUAAACAAAUGCACAUUAGGCUGCCUUAAUGCACAGUAACAAAUGAGCACAGUUUUUAAGUGACACUUAAUGCAGAGUAGCCUGUUUUACUGUGCAUAAGCAUAAUAGCACAGUUUUUUACGUGAUACUUUAAUGCCCAGUAAAAUAGGCUAUUGCGCAUUAAAGUGCACAUGUAGAUGCAGCCCAGGAGUCCCGAGUUCCAUGGAGGGCACUGUCCUUUAGGCAACAGUGGUUGCCCUUUUGAGUAAAUUUUUUGUGCAAAAAAAAAAGGCUUUUAAUAAUAUGGGUUAAAAUAUAUCUAUGCCAAGUUAUCUUGCUUAAAUUCCUGCUGUUAAUUAUUCUCUUUCUGCCUGCCUGUUUUGAGAAAGAACUUUUCACCUGGAAAGAAGCUGUCAGUACAGCUCUGUAGCCCAACUCUUAUUCAGUGAAAUUUAAGCCUUUUCCCUAGUUCAUGAACUCAGACAUAUUCUGGGGUGGUUUAAAUUAAGUAGAGGUUAAUGUUAGAUUUUCAGGUAAUGUAGAAGUAUAAAGGUACUUGUUCGUUGCCAAAAGUGCUUCUAUUUUAAUUUUGUAGACUGUAUAACAUUGUGAUUUGUGAUGCAAAAUUACAUAUAGAAACAAAAUAACACACCUUAAAAGAAGUAUGAUUAGCAUUAUCAUAAAAUAAUCACAUAAUCAUUAUGAUUACAACUAGAGAGAAGUCAUGUAGUUAUGUCUUGAGAGUUGGUAAGGACAUGCAGUUAGGGUCAAAUGCGCCUCUGGAUGCACAUAUGCUGCCUGUUAGAACAAAUAGAAGCCAAACUUAUGUACAUGUAAGGGUGUGAAUAUUAAAGUUUGUGGGACAAAUGACAUUUACAUUGGUGUAAUGAUUCUUAACAUCAGUGUCAGUUGACAUAGGGUCAUAGGAAAGUAGGACUGAAAGGGACCUUAUGGAGUCAUCUAGUCAAGCCUCCUGCUUAAGGCAGGAUCAUCCCUGCCUAAAGCAUCCCAGCCAAGAGUCUGCCCAGCUUGCUCUUGAAAACUUCCAAGGAAGGAAAUUCCACUACUUUUCCACAGCCUGUUCCAAUGUUUGCCCACCUUCAGAGUCAAAAAGUUCCAACUCAUUUCCAAUCUAAAUUUCCUCUGCUGUAUCUUGAGGCUAUUGCACCUAAUCCUGUCACAUAUGGCCACAGAUGAAAGCCCAUUUUCAUCCUCUUUAUAAUCACCAUUCAGGUAUUUGAAGGCUGUUAUCAAAUCCCUCCUUAAUCUUUUUCUUUCCAGUCUAAAUAACCUUAGUUCUUUUAGUUUUUCCUCAUAAGUCAUAUUUCCCAUGCCUCUAACCAUUUUAUCACUGUCUGCUGGAUUCUUUCCAAUUUCUCCACAUCCUUUUUUAAGUUUGGAGCUCAAAACUGGACACAGCACUCCAGGUGAAGCCUCACCAGUGCCAAAUAGAGUGGAAGGAUCAUUUUCCUUGUUAUGCAAGUUAAACUUCUGUUAAUACCAUACAGUGUUGGUGUUUUUCGCAACAAGAGUACACUGUUGGUUCUUAUUCAGCUUAUGGUCCACUAUAACCCCCAGGGCCCUCUCAGUAGUAACGCCCAACUAGUUGUUCCUCAGUCUGUAUUUGUGCAUGCAAUUAUUUUGUCCCAAGUGCAGGACUGCACCUGUCCUUGCUGUAUCUGAUCUGGUUGAUUGCAGAUCAUUUCUCCAGUCUAUCUACAUCAUUCUGGAUCCUAGCCCUGCCCUUUAGUGUGUCUGCAACUCUACCCAACUUGAUGUCAUCUGCAAAUUUGCUAAGUAUGCACUCGAUCCUGUUGUUCAAAUCAUAAAUGAAGAAGUUGAACAGGACAAACCCUUGGGGAACCCCACUUAAUACAUUCUCGAAACUAUACAUUGAGUUAUUGAAAAUUAUUUAUUAAGCAUAAUGAUCCAACCAUUUAUGUAUUCACUUUACAGUACUUUCUUCUAAUCUAUUUUUCCUUAGCUUGCUAAUGAGAACAUCAUAGGAAACUGUGUCAAAAGCCUAGCUAUAAAGUCAAAGUACAUCACAUCCACUGCUCUCUUCCCAUCCACGGAGCCUGUCACCUUAUCAUAGAAAGGAAAUCAGGUUGGUCAGGUAUGACUUGCUCUUGGUGAAUCCAUGCUGGCUGUUCUUGAUCACCCUGUUCUCUCCUAGGUGCUUCACAAUUUAUUCCUUGAGGACCUGCUCCAUGAUCUUUCCAGGGGUUGAGGUCAGGCUGACUAGUCUGUAAUUCCCUGAUUCUCAGUCUUCCCUUUCUUUAAGAUGGGUAUUAUAUUUGCCCUUUCCCAAUCAUCUGGGACAUCACCUGACCUCCAUGAGUUUUCAAAGAGGAUUGCUAAUGGCACUGAAAUUACCUCAGCCUCAGUACCCUAGGGUGCAUUCCAUCCAGCCCUGCUGACUUGAAAUCAUUUAGCUUCUCUAAGUAAUCCCUAACCUGUUCUACCAUUUCUCUAAGGUGUUUGCUUCCUUCCCUAGCUUUUCUGCCAAUUGUACACAUCAUCUGAUAGUUAUAACUGUUCAUGAAGAUUGAACUAAAAAAGGCAGUAAAUAGUUUAGCCUUCUCUGCAUUCAUAAUUAUAUUGCCUUUUGCAUUCCGUAAGGGACCUAUUAUUUCGUUGGUCUUCCUUUUACUUUUGAUAUACUUAUAGAAUCCCCUUUUUUAUUUUUUAAUAAGGUCAUAGCCAGCUGCAUCUCAAAUUGCGUCUUGGCUUUCCCAAUUUCCCCCCUGCACGCCCAUGUGAUGCACUUGUACUCUUCCCUAGUACUAUGACUGAAUUUCCACUUUCUAUAGGAUUUAUUUCGAGUUUCAACCCAUUGAAGAGAGUGGGCAGGCUGGCCUCCUGUUUCACUCCCCAUUCUUCUGUCACAUUGAGAUAGCAUGCUUCUGCACCCUUAAAAGGGCCUUCUUAAAGUACGGUUAUCUCACCAAUAUCAACAUAUCCAUAUUGACAACUCUGCAUCAGUGUAAAAUACUGAAUCCCAGGAAGUUAGUCUCUGAAAAAUUAGGGGUAAAAUUACACUGGUGUAAAUUACAUGAGUUGAAGAUGUAGGCAUAACUGAAGGGUAACUGUUUGCUGUAUGCAGAGGGACGUUUACCAGCUCUUUUUCUCUCAUGUUAGUUAGUCUGUAACACUGCCGACUGCAAGCAUCUGUGUCUAGAUAGCUGCUUAUUUGUCCACUCAGGAUGUCAGUGUAAUUGACAUUGGUCCUCAAAAAUAAUAUACAUUACAUUAGUCUAAAUGUGUCUGGGAUUGGUUAAAAUCAAUGGUUACUGCUUUCAUUUAUGUUUGUGAAUAUUACUAAUAUUUUAGUAAUUUGUGUAUAAUUUCUUCUUUU